GCCGGUUGCCAAAUUAAUUGGGUGUUGCCAGGCUGGGCGUUUACUUAGGGAGAUUUAGAUUUUUAGUUUAUUUAUUAUUUUACUUAAUUGUUCUGGUUUAUUAGGUUGAGGAUGAACGAAACGGCGGAGACAGGGUGCCGUUUUGGCUUGGCAGUUUCCGGUUGUCUGCGCGGAGGCAUGAGUUGAGUCACAUUGGCAACAAAAAAAGGUGUGUCACGUGUUGCGUGUGAGUGACCAUUGAUCGAUUGAUAUGCUUAGAAGUUAGUACAAGUUGCAGGCGUUGAUGAUGAACCUCCCCGUGCGUUACUUGAUUGUGAUUUUGACCUUCAUCUGUACCUCGGUUUGCUACAUCGAACGAGUUGGGUUCUCAAUCGCGUACACAGUCGCCGCCGAUGCGGCCGGAGUGAACCAAUCGAGCAAAGGCGCGAUACUCUCGACAUUCUAUUACGGUUACGCGUGUUCUCAAGUUCCAGGAGGAUGGGCAGCUCAGAAAAUCGGAGGCAGGAGGGUCCUGCUUCUCUCGUUUCUACUCUGGUCGUUAACUUGCGCACUGGUUCCUCUCGACACGAACCGUAUUAUGGUUCUGGUCAUUGCUCGUUUCCUCGUUGGUGUGGCACAAGGGUUUAUUUUCCCCUCCAUCCACACCGUUCUAGCGCAGUGGGUCCCCCCUCACGAGAGAUCCAGAUCUGUCUCUCUCACCACUUCGGGGAUGUACCUAGGUGCUGCUCUAGGAAUGCUUAUUCUUCCAACUCUAGUCAAGUUUAGAGGUCCUCAAUGUGUUUUCAUUGCUGAAUCAGCAUUGGGCGCUGUAUGGUCUUUGCUUUGGUUCAUUUACGCCACUGAUCCCAAAUCCUCUGCCUCUGGUGUUGGGGAAUCGGUUUUGCCAGUCAAUAAGAAAAUUGACAUUGACACUCACAACAAAAAGGUAGUCUCAGGGAAAAUCCCCUGGCUCAAAAUUUUAACCAGCUUCCCUGUUUGGGCCAUUGUUGUCAACAAUUUCACCUUUCACUAUGCUUUAUAUGUGCUCAUGAACUGGCUCCCGACCUACUUUGAAUUGGGCCUUCAGCUUGGCCUUCAAGAUAUGGGUUCUUCCAAAAUGAUGCCUUAUCUUAAUAUGUUCUUGUUCUCCAACAUCGGGGGUGUCGUCGCCGAUUACUUGAUCACCAGGAGAAUAUUGUCUGUCACUAAAACCAGGAAAUUCUUGAACACUGUAGGGUUUUUGGUUGCUUCUCUUGCCCUGGUUGUGAUUCCCAGUUUCAGAACUUCUGGUGGUGCUGUUUUUUGUUCUUCUGUGGCUCUUGGUUUCUUGGCGCUUGGCAGGGCCGGUUUUGCAGUGAACCACAUGGAUGUUGCUCCCAGAUAUGCCGGAAUAGUGAUGGGUGUUUCAAAUACUGCCGGUACGUUAGCUGGCAUUGUCGGCGUUGACCUCACCGGGAAACUUCUUGAAGCUGCCAAGGCUUCUAAUUCUGAUCUUUCAAGUCCGGAGAGCUGGAGAGCGGUGUUUUUCAUUCCUGGAUUUUUAUGCAUUUUUAGUUCCUUUGUAUUCUUGCUAUUUUCAACUGGGGACAGAAUUUUUGACUGAGCUGUUAUUCUGGGGAUUUAAUUUUUAUUACAUCUCCAUGUUAUAUCAUUCUUGGAUAGGAGAGGCGUGUUGUCAUAACUGGAUAUGAUUUUUUUUUAAUAUUAUUGUUGCUCCUCCAACUUGUACCAUUCCUAGUUAGUAAAGGUUACAACUCAGCUUGCAUCUGGAAUGAUUCUUAUUUCUUAGUUACUUGUUUCUUUAUGCCUCUGAUGAAACUCAUAUGCUAGUGUGGUUAUUUUUUAUUUUUUAUUUUUUUGCAGUUUUCACCUCCUGACAUAUUUAGUUUGUUAUUAUGAAGUAAAUUGGAAAGAGUGUUUCAAGCAUUUACCCCA